UUGUACGCGAUGCUGCUAAUCAGAUUUUUCGAUUUGCUAUUGUAACAAAAUGCAUUUGUGUGUUUACAAUAUUGCGUCUAGUUGUAAUCACGAUGCCGGCAUCCGUAAUGAAGUAAGGCUUCACUCAUAGGAAAAGUUCAAAAUCACCAGAAACAGAAUAUCUUCAUCAUCGACUAUAGAGUAGGUAUGCGUCUUUGUUUUCUGCCACGAUUAGCCGGAACAGUGCGGUUUCGCUGCUGUUGCUUUGUGACUAUUUUAGCACUAGGAACCUUUUUCUAUUUCUUACUAAACGCAAUAAUCACGCACUCAACCAAGAACCAGUGUGCGAGAUGCUACGAAGCAAUCGACGUCGUGUACACGUGGGUGAAUGGAAGUGAUCAGAUUUUCCUAGAUAAGAUAAAACUUUACGUCGACUCGCCGGAUCGAGCACGGUACGAUGACAAAAAUGAACUUAAAUACUCACUGCGAUCGCUGGAUAAAUUUGCACCCUGGAUCAGGCAGAUUUUCAUCGUGACUAACGGCCAAAUUCCUUACUGGCUCAACCUGGACCAUCCACGAGUGCGGCUGGUGCAGCACGAUGACAUAGCCGACGAAGAAACGUUACUACCGACAUUUUCCAGUGCUACGAUAGAAACAUUUAUUCACCGGAUUCCUGGACUUUCGAAAAACUUUCUGUAUAUGAACGAUGACAUUUUUCUAGGUGCCCCGUUGUUCCCCGAUGAUUUGAUGACUCUUUCGGAAGGGGUGAAAGUUUUCACAGCCUGGCUAGUGCCGGACUGUGCACCGGAUUGCCCGUGGAUGUUCGUGGGCGAUGGGUCCUGCGAUAGUCACUGCUACCUGGAAGAGUGUCAGUUCGAUGGGGGAGACUGUGAUCAUCCUGACUAUCAGGAACAUGAGCAUGAGCACGAGCAUGACGAUGAGUAUCACAUGAUGACCGAGGCAGAGGAUGCAUUUAUCGAUGUGCUCAAGCGGGUUCCACGGGGUGCGAAAAAGGCCGAUAGUGUUCGCGAUAUCUACGAAGUGUUUCGGCAGUCGAACACGUCGUCUUCCACGAAGCAGCUGGUGGAGAAAUUCAAUAGGGAUAAGAUGAAAAGUAGCAAAAUUAGCUCGAAAAGGCAUCAGUCGAAGGGUGACAGCGAGUCCGAACAUGGUGGGAAAAGCGAGGAGCGAUUUUCUAAUUCGCAGGAUAUUUUUGCUCGUUCGCUGAUCCACACAAAUAAGGUUUUUAACCGAGUUUAUGGGUUUAAGAAUAGAAAGGUGCUUGCCCAUGUUGGUUUCCUGUUGAAUGUUGACAUUGCUGAAGGUAUGUUGGAGAAAUUUGAAUCAGAAUUUGCAGUUACCAAGAGUCAUCGAUUCCGAGCAAACGACGAUAUGCAAUAUGCUUUUACUUAUUAUCACUUUUUAAUGAGUGAAAGCAGAAACAAAACCGUAUCGGAAAUAUUCGACGAUUUCGAUACUGAUGGAUCUGGCACGUGGUCCGAUAGGGAAAUUCGUACGUUGCUGGCGAAAAUUUACAGUCUUCCCCUGGAUUGGUCCGCUGUAAGGUACUUCGAAGAAGUAGUCACUAACUGUUCUUUACAGCAGAACAAUUUCCUCCCGUUAGAACACCAACCAGAACAGAGACUCGUGUAUCCGACGUUGGUAUACGAACGCUACGAGGAUUCCACUAUUCCAACCGUUACCAAAGGCUUAGUGCUGGGAUGUCACGAGCUUGCCGAUAUGAUGCGAGUGAACUUCGGUCAGGUACCGUUGCAUCGAUUUCACAUCAAUCAGAAAACGGGCAUCUUCAGCAAUUUCAAGAUGUUAACAUCCAACAUCACCCAGGUGGUAGACGCUCUGGACGAGCUACGGAAGAGUCCGAAAAAGUUCAACUGCAUCAACGACAACCUUGCCGAAGAGAGCGCAGAGGAGAACCAACUGAUCUCAGCCCUGCUAGAGGAUUUCUACCUCUCACUCUUUCCGGUUCGUAGCCAGUUCGAGCUGGAGAACAACUAUCGCAACAGAUUUCAAUACUACAAUGAUUACAAGGCGUGGCUUUCGCGGAAAACACUGCUACGAAACGCGGUCUACGCAGUUUGCGUGCUAGUUUUUGUGGUAUGCACUAAAAUGCUUUGCUUUCGGCACAAAGGAAAGUUCGCUCGAACACUAAUCUUCUUCAGCAGCAGUAGCAGCAGCAGAACUGACUAUAAUUCAAUCUGAACUUACGACUCUAUACAUAGUAGAUAGGCAAAAUCUUUUUUGUUUUAUUUAUUUGAACUUUACAAAUCAUAAUGUGAAUACAAGCUCCAAAUCUAACGAACGAUCAGUUGAUUUUAUUGUUUAACUAUGCUUUGAACCUCGCAUUUUGAAAUGGCAGACAUA